AAAAAGUAAAGAGAAAACAAGGAAUAUCAAGUUCGGCUCCUUGUUAUUUUUCCAGCAAUAUUCCUAUCCUUGAUUCUACAAUUUUUGUUGAUUUUCGACCUUGGAUGGAUCAGGGUCUUCGUUAUGUUUUGGUUACAAAGAAUGGUCAACUUCUAGGAUUAAUUACUAAAAAAUCUGUCUUACGUCAUCUUGCCGCCAUUCAUCAUCCAGUGAAUUCUGAUGAUUUUAAUGAAAAUCUUAUGAUGUUACCAGAGAGAAGAAUGUCAAGUUUUGCAGGAGAAAACUUUGGAACUGAUUAA